AGCUGUUUGUAGCAGCAUGUAAUGACAAGUUUCGGGUUCCAAACAUUAUUAUGUCAUUGUACGCUAAUCAUGGCUCAUACCCUGAACCAUGGCAGGUAUUUAUAUGCAGAACAACGACAACAGCCGAAGAACUUACGUUAUUUAUAAAAAGAUGUUUUUUUGCGGCAGCAAACGGCUACAGAGAUUAUUUGUACUGCAUUGCUAACUUGGAGUUUCUUGAAUUUGAGCUACAAUACAAUCUCGUUAAGGACAUAAGAACGUUACUUGAAAAAGAGAAGGAUUAUAAACUGGCAUUAAUAUGUUGCAGAGAGCAUGGUAUCCAUCACCACAUUCUCGACCAAUUUUCAAAUCAUGUAUACAAUACAAUAGGUCUCGAGGAAGCUUCCAUGAAAAAUAUGUACAAAGAACUCUGCCCAAAUGUGGCGUGUAUCUCUUCAGAUUUAUCUGGUCAGGGUAAAACAGAGUAUGUCAAGCAAACUUGUAUGAAGGCGAAGUCAAUUCCAAAAAGCGUACUGAUAAGUGAUGGUAUGCAUUACGAUCGGCUCGUGCGUCAAUUACAUGAAUGCAGACUGAAACGUUUAGAGAGUUUGCACCUGAACAUUGUUUCUGUUGACAAUGCCGCAGAAGUCAACAUGUUUAUUUUUGAGUUUCUUACGCUUGGGAUGGUAUCCAACAAAGUACAUAUUGCUACUCUUCCGAAGCAAGCUAUCUUGAUUGAGAUUGCAUCAACCGUGGAUCAAUAUUUGCUUGAGUCAUUGCCAAUUAUCAAAUGUUUACCCCGAAAGCAUCUUACCUGGAACAUUAAUAAUUUUAUUGUCUCAAGCGAAGUUCAUAGUCCAAUUCAAAUUGUUUGUCGCUAUUUGGACAUAUACACGAAAAAAGCGAUUGAUGAUGAUGAUGUCUUUUUCGACGAAACUGUGGCCAAGCAAUUACCACAAGCACGUUGUCGCGAACUCAUACAACAGUACUUUUUUGCAAAUAACCCAGAGACAAUUGCGUCUUAUCGUUUUGUAGAGAUUUUCGUUAGAGUUCUUGCUGAUCAAUUAGUUCGCUUAACUUCAAGCUCUUUCUUCCGUGUUGAAAACCUCAAGUUGAUGAUGCGAAAUUCAGAUGUACGAUCAACACUACUUGAGACUCUAUUACGCGUGUCAAAAGAUUUUGCGACACGCUCGGUUGAAAGCAAAGCAGCACAGAAAGCAUCGACGGCAGCAGCCGCGGAUAAUGCUCGAUUGGCCACAAUAGUCAAAUGGGAUGACUCGAAUCAUUUGUUAGUAUUUUUCUUAUCGCAAACACCGGAUUCUAUUUGCGCUCUUUACCGUGAUAGGACUAAGGUGCCAGACAAUGUCAGACGUCUUUUAUGGAGCCAAAAAGCAUCAGAUCGCGCACGUUUAGAAACAUUUAAACUAGAAAACUAUCACGAGAUGACAACUCAAGUUUUGCAAGAACGCCUGGAAUGUAUCGCUCGUACAUCGAUGGAGAGGCAAAAAUUUCCUGCUUAUGCCUUAUCAGCUGAUAAUCUCAUAAAAAUGGCAUUAAUAUUACUGCGAGCACGUGCGAGCAUACCAGUUGUGGUGUGUGGGGAAGCUGGAUGCGGCAAGACGAGUUUGAUCGGUUAUUUGGCCGAGGUAGUGGGUGUCAAGUUCUGUAACCUCUCACUGCAUGCCGGUAUUGUUGAGAACCAGAUUCUUACGUUCAUGAGAGAAGGAAAUAAACUUGCCGGAAAAGGAGAAGUGUGGUUAUUCUUUGAUGAAAUCAACACUUGCAACCACAUUGGCCUUUUGGCGGAUCUCAUAGCUCACAGAACGUUGUUAGGAAAGCCAAUACAUUCAAACAUUCGUCUGUUUGCUGCUUGUAAUCCUUAUCGGUUACGCGUAGGUAAUGAUAAUGUAGCGGGGCUAGCGAAAAGACGAGUCUAUCAAGAGCAAAGUCAACUUGUCUAUCAAGUACAUCCUCUUCCUGAUCAAAUUCUUGACUAUGUCUGGGAUUUUGGUGUGCUCAAACCUGAAGAUGAACGGGUGUAUAUUAAAAUUAUGGUUGAGAGUCAAAUAAGUAAGGUUGGCGUCAUAAGUGAUUUGCUGUUUGAGUCGCAAAUGUAUAUACGUAAGAUCGAAGGAGAUCAAAGCGUAAGCUUGCGAGACGUUAGAAGAGCCAUCAGAUUGAUUAUGUGGUUCCACAAAAGUCUCCAAGAUAGGCUUAAGUUGAUGGAGGAUGAAAAAAAGAAGAGGAAAAGCAAACACUACUAUGACGGGGGAUAUAAUGUUAACAAUUAUCCUCCAAAAGACAAAUACUUUUUCGAGCGUUGCAUUGUUUUAUCAUUGGGACUUUGCUAUCAAGCUCGGCUUUACGAUCAGGGUGAGAGAGAAGAGUAUCGUAAACAGAUGGCUCGUAUUUUCGAGAAACACAAAGUUCGUCUGACCGCUGAAGACUUUAAACGAUACCUUAAGGAGGAGCAGAAUGAUUGGAUACGCAGAAUGGCACGUCCACCCGCUACUGCCCUUAAUGAGGCACUGUUGGAAAAUGUGCUUGUAAUGAUCGUUUGCAUUAUGACGAAAAUUCCUGUUUUUAUUAUUGGAGCACCCGGAAGUUCCAAAUCUUUAGCAAUAAGACUUGUCAGCUCUAAUCUUCGGGGGACUGAUUCUGAUGAUGAAUAUUUCAGAAAAUUACCACAGGUUGUUAUAAUUCCGCAUCAAGGAUCAUCUUCGUCUACAUCUGACGGUAUUCUGAAAGUUUUCCAAAAGGCAGAAAAUAUACAGAAGUCCAAAUCCGAUAACUUUAAUUUACAGGCAGUAGUUCUUUUAGAUGAAGUUGGUCUAGCGGAAACAAGUCCAUUUAAUCCCUUGAAGGUUCUACAUGCGCUGCUUGAACCCAGUUAUCCUAAGGAUGGACCAGAGGUGUCGGUAAUCGGUAUAAGUAAUUGGAGAUUGGACAAUAGUAAAUCGAGUAGGGCAUUACUGGUUCAGAGACCUCAAUUGAGCGAAAAAGACCUUGUGGAGACAGCUCUUUCUCUUUUGUUGAAGGGCGAACGCGGACCAUCAAUUGACAUGAACAGGCGCAAUAUACAAAACCUUGCCAAGGCUUACACAGAUUACCAAAAAAACCAGAAAUAUCCCAACUUCCAUGGUCUUCGUGAUUAUUAUGCUUUAGUCAAAAGUCUGAGCAGAGGCAAACUUACUAUGGAUUCAAUACAAUUGGCCCUCGCACGAAAUUUCGGGGGCACUGAUCAAAUGAAAGCAAUAUGCGAAGAUUACUUUGGGAACGUAUUGAAGGAAGCCGGUAGACUGUUCGGCUACAGCUAUGAUCGAAUACCCGUUGAAAAAUUAAUUAAUGAGAAUCUUCAAGAGAAAGAUGCCAGACAUUUAAUGAUAAUCGGAAAAAGUGAUUCAAUAGUUAACAUACUUACUUAUCAUUUGAGGUCACUCGAUAUGGAUCCAAUGGUUCUUUGCGGAUCGCAGUUUCCGGACGAUGCAGAGGGAGAUUAUUCUUAUGGCGUAUUAAGUAGAGUUAUGAUGUGCGUUGAAGCAGGAAAACCCCUUAUCUUGACUGAUCUGGAUAUUAUAUAUGGUAGCUUGUAUGACCUGUGGAAUCAGAAUUACAUAACGCAGGGUAGCAAAGACGAUCCCAAAUAUUAUACUAGAGUAGCUUUGGGAGCUUACGCCAAUCCAAUGUGUUAUGUGCAUCCAAAUUUCAGAUGCGUCCUUGUCUUUGAUGAAAAACUAGUAUAUGACGCAGACCCUCCUCUUUUGAAUCGGUUUGAAAAGCAACGAUUAACUAUCAACGAUACACUCACGGAAGAGCAAUCUCCUUUAUACCUUCAACUUGAAAACUGGGUCAAGUCUAUAUCAACAAUAACGAGGAUGGAGGGUAUUAAUACGACUGGUGGAUUUACCGAAGCGGAUCUAUUUAUUGGAUACGACAAGGAUGAAACAUUACAGAGUCUCGUGAUCGACGAAUGCAAGAAAAGUUUGACGCGUGAUUAUGAGGAAAUUUUAGAGCGCUGUAAAGAAAGACUGAUAAAAAUCGCGUCAUCUGAUGGUCUAGUUAGGGCUACUUAUUCCGCGUUAGCUACAGAGCCGGAUGAAGUGAUGAAAUGGAGGACUUCUUACUUUACCCACGGGGAGCACGAUCACAUAGCAGCGUAUUUUGAACAAUUACUUGCAAAUUCUUUAUACAAUGAAGGGUAUCAAUUAAUAAUACAUACAUUCAGCAAUAUUAACACGGAUGUAAAGGGAUGUUUGAAAUCACUUUUGAAAUGUCAAGUGGACAAGCUAUCAACAUUUAAAGCCGAGGCUCAACUACAGAGCAGAAUCAAGCAUUUCUGGUUUGAGAGCGACGAUGAGCUGCUCCUUCUGCAGUGCGACUUAUCGACAACAAGAGCGGGUAGUAUUAAAUUAGCAAAGUUUAUUAUUGAACAGUUGCGCAACGAAUACUUUGCAAGAAGACAACGUAAUGAGUAUGUAAACAGGCCAGCAAAACAUGCAUGUAUUAUAUUGCAUCAUCAUCGGGAUCAGACAAACACAAGUUCCUUCAACUUUAUGUGUGGGUGGGAACAAGUAACUAUUGAGACUUUAGUGCCUCAAGAGAAACCCCUGUCUGCUCUCAUAGAAGGCGAUCUAAGUGAAGUAAUCAACUCAACAUAUCCUUUCGAAGAGAUAUUGCAACAAGAAUUAUUAUGGUGUCUACUUUGUAUUAAAUAUCCAAAUUCUUCACAAUCAAUCGAACAUGUUCGACGGUUGAUAGAGGAAAUUCCAAACAAGAAAGCAUUCGUAGAUAUUUUGAAGAAGAGAAUUAUGCAAUGGAUUGACGAGAAUACUAAGCCAAACUGGCAGUUACGCGUGGCAUCAGAUAAAAGGGCUAUUUACUUACAUUCUUCGUUCGCAGGCGCUCUAUUAGCUUAUAUUCGUGUCCUGGUCAGGAAGCCCAUUGCCCAGUUAUUAUAUGCAUUGGAAAAGCACUGCGCACUCCUGACGUUCUUCAACAUCACUGACGAUUUGAAGGAAGAUGAAGAGUUGAUUGAAUUCUGGAAGGAUAUGUAUCUAAACAAGAAGAUUAUUGACAUUGAGGCGAUCAAGGAGCCUGGACCAGAUAACUAUGCUAUAGCUAGCGGCUUACAUGACCUUCAUUUCCCAUUCUCGUAUUACUUUAUGAACCAAAUUAAUAGCUUCAAGAAAAUAUACGUUGACGAUAUUGCCGAAUUGGAGGAAGAUGAAAACAACGUCGAUGAAAACGGCGAACUCAAUGAAAAUGUUGUAGAGGCUUAUCUUGACAAAUUCGAAGAUAACAUUUUCUCGGCGUUACCAACACUUAGAUCUGCACCGCUGCGACGUUUUUCAAAGCUUUACUUUAGAGAUUUUGUGACAGUUAUUGCGUCCAAUCAUGGUGGUGACAAGGUUACCGGAAUCCUGAAGUCUCUUCUAAGCCGUCUUAUGGGUGAAGACAAAGUUUUGAACCCUAUCCAGUUGCACGUAUAUUGGUGGACGAAAUCAAAUGCUGUUUUGGCGCAAAUGCAAUUAGCUUCAUUAUGCCCGACUAUUAUGGAGAAUUUAGACGAUUACGACGAGGAUGAAGAAACGUUUGAACAACAUAUUAUUAGAGAAGUGUCUCAAAUCUUCUUGGAUGAACUACGGCAACUUCCUGGGGAAGAAGACGUUCAUGACAAGGCGAUAAAGUGGCAGCUGGACGUCACCAAUAUUAUGUCUCUUUGCGUCCAACUUCCCGGAUACGACGAAGUGAAAUCGUUCCAGCUACUCAGGAUUUGUAAUGAUUUGCUUUCUACACAAGCUAUUCCUGUUGACCGCCUCACAAAUAUUAUCAAUUUUGAUGACGAAGAUUUUCUUUCUGCGAAUUUCUUGAACGAAGUACUCAACAUUUUGGACAAUCUCGAGCCAACGGAAAAGAACCUGACUUCACGUCAAUCAUUCUUGUUACGGUUCUUAAAUAUGAUUGAGAACGAUUCGGAAGUUCAGCUGUUCCUUUACGAUAAAAUAUUCCAACCCGCAGAACCAUUGCGUUUUACAGCGGCCGUCAUUCUUCAUAUCUUGUCUGCGGAAGACAUAGAAAAUGAUAACAUAUUCCCAUUACUUGUGCAGAAUCCUAUGGACGCAUUCGCAAAAUCCAGACGCCUAGAAGCUGUUAACAGCCGAUUGAAGUUGCAUGAUCCGAAUUCGCAAAUGAUAACACUUUGUUGUGACAUUAUUCAGCAGAAUUUCUUUAACGAACUAGACUUCCAAGUACUUGCUAGACUCUUCCACAGUGCGUCUCAGGCAAUACGUGGAACAAUGUCAGAACCAUUGCAACGCAUAUGCUCUGUUGCGCUUUUGAAACAAUUUGUUCAGGAGUUUUGGGAAUCUGCUGGUUUAGAUAAGCCAACCGUUCAGAAAAUUGAGCUUAAUUUUAUGCUGACAGACGACACUCAAACGCUUAUGAAUGACCUGAAUAAUGCAAUGGAACUCAAUCAUGCACAAAUUCAUUCGCUAAAGGUUUAUUUCUUGAAAAAUCUUCGAUCUCGCGGCUUUACCAUUGACGACCUAAAGAAAUUCUGCAUAGUCCAGAAGGGUUUGCUACCUUGGCUGGCAAAAUUGCCGUGGGAUUACGUUAAUCAGGCCAGUCGAAUCCCGUUCAAUCCCUACGGCUUAGUUCAAGAAUACGGUGAUGCAGAAAAAGCCUACGCCGCAAUGACAAGAGUGUUAGAUAGGGAUCAAUUAGGCGAUAUUGUGAAGGAUGCUUUAAAAGCUGAAAGUCUCAAUUCACGCAUUGCCCUUAUUGGUAUUAUCGUCAACCAUCUGUACGGUAUUAGAGCGUCACGCGAAAUGACCCAUAACGAAAAUGAAGUUGCUAAAUUUUUGCGAGGCCAAAUUGACAAGAAUAAGUUUUCCGCAUCUUAUAAACAUUUAGCCUUAAAUUUAAUUACCAAUAAUCACGCUUUAUUGGCCGUUCGACAACAAACGGACAACGCAGAAUUUAUAAUGCGAUUGGUUCUCGUACACAUCGUUGCAGUGCACGCGUCGCUGCCAGCAGAGUCUUCGCCAUUAACUUUAUACUUGCAAGGGUUACAGGUGGUAAGAAAUCACUUUAUUCUGACAUGUCCUUCUGACGAGGAAACUAUGAUUAUCAACGCACUCAAUGACGCACAUCCUGGCAAUGGCAUUUCUCGAUAUCAAUGUAAAUGUGGCUACAAAUACUUUGUCGCGGAUUGUGGAAACGUCGUAAUGGCGCUACGAUGCCCGGAUUGUGCUGCUGAUUUAGGCGGUCAUCAAUACGGCGUACCAGCUGCUGGUCAACAGAGGUUGGAUAAUAAACCAAUUUUGCAGAAUGUCGGCAAUAAAGACAAACCAGGUUAUAUCGUCGAGGGUGUGAUGGAAGACGCUCGGCGAAACGUUCGCGCUCUCACGUCUGCAGCAUAUCGAAUUUUACAUCUUUUUGUGCACGCUUUGAUUGGUGUGUCAGCUCCUUCACCAAACGUCAAUGCCUUCUUGAAUGCCAAUGGAAACCCAAUAAACGAUCCGAUCGCUUACUGUCGUAAUCAUAUAACAAACGACUGGGCCAUUUUAAAGACUCUCCUUGCAUGUGACGAUGAAACUUUAGCUUUAAUAAUACACAGUAUACUGUAUUCGAUUAUGGCAGACAAGCCUAAUAUGGACGCACAUAUAAAAACAGCAGCAGCUCGGGACCAGUGGGAGCAAUAUUUCCGUGACAAGUAUGUGACUCCUAUUAUCAAGAAUGUAGCAGCAACGGCAAUGGACACACGCACAAAAAUGGAAAGAGCUGAACCAGAGGAGAAACAAAAAGCCGCUCUACUUGAAACCGAGAUAAACGAAACCUUAUUGUUGACGGACGAGUAUUCAAAGAAUCAUCUGCCAGGUUUAUGGAGAAAGGUUGUGGGUGUGAAUAGAGAAAGUUUUGCAGCUUAUUUCGCAAAUAAUGAACAAUACAAGGCGACAUUCCCGUUCAUUAACGUGUUUUUCAAACACGAAGAGAAGCUGCCUCUAGUUAAACAUAUAUGGCCAAUUGUUAAAUUUACGCAGACAUUAACGAGUCGAUUGACAUAUCGUCUGACACGACAGAAAGCGCAGCAAAUAACCUUCCGCGAUUUUCUCACCAAUGAAGAACAAAAUGGUGCGCACCAAGAUGUGAUGCGUUCCCUGAUUGAGUCUUUUGAUAAUUUCAAAAAUGCUUGGAAUUCUGUUAGAUGUUUUAUAGAUAGAUAUCAGUGUCAUGAAUUGGGUCCGUGUCCUGAGAUCACGGCAGACAGCUCUAUUGCUUUCGGACUUCUUGAGGAUAACGACGCAGGAAUUUACCUUUGUGCCAUGCUGGAGUAUUUGAUGAAUAUUCAGAAUCAGUUCUUGACGGACGUGGCUGCUAUUCCUUCUGAAAGUUGCCGUUCAUUGAAGUUUAUUGAACGUCAAAUAAAUACAAAGCGAGUGGAUCAAGAAGACAAAAUACUUUCUACUACAACAACCCAAUACUACAUAAGAUGUGUACGCUUAGAAGACGCACGAAAACAAAACAUCAUUGAUUACGAAUGGGACAUAGAUUUAUUGAAAUAUAGUCAACGCAAUCUCAACUUUGGACAUGGCCAGGAGAUUUCGUAUGACCUAUACAAGAUUGAAGCUGAGCUCGCUUUAUGGCUUGUUCGCAACAAAGCCUUGUUGGAACCUGUUGAAAACAAUGGUUUACCUCUAGAGAAAGUGGCUUAUCAUAUGGAAUUGUUUGAAAUGUGCCAGGUUAUCCUCGAGGAAAUUAAAAAGAAAAUUCCGCAAGAACCUAUUCCGCAUGAAAAAGUUGCUUUGAUUACUGGAACGUCUUCUGUCGGGACAUUUGAAAAAUUCAGCAUGUUGCAGACGUCCUCUAUCGAAAAGCCCAACGAUUUGUUGUCCGCGCUUGAAAUUCUUUUAUGCUUUGUCAAGAGAAUGCCUACCGGUGACGGUGAUGUCCUUCUACAUGAUUAUGUCAAGCAAUGGAUGAAAAUAGAAACGCUUGAGAAACAUGCGGAAAUGAAAAAGAUACUGAAAGCAGGUUUAAAAUUAAAACACGUCGUUUCGCUUUACGAGUUGGUGGAAGACAGAGUAGCCGAUUUACUUAUUAACUCUGUUGAUCCGAAAUACAAACGCGACAUGGUGCCUGAGAUACACAAUGAAUUGAUGGACGCAUGCGAAUUUGAAGAUACUGGUGGUAGACUCGGUAAAAUCCCUGCUGCAGCUUUUGCAAAAGCCUUGAAGCGUUUUGCGUUGAGGGUGUUGUCUGUAAAACCGGUUGACGAGAAGUCGAAACUCAAUUUAUAUUUGAGUCAGAUGAACUUCUGGUCGGACGUACCCGAAGAGAUUGUUGAAGACUACUUUCCAGAAAACUUGCUUGUCGCUCAUA